CGCAGAUUGAAAAUUACAUAACAUAACCCAAAUUUUUAGUUUACUGACUUCUUGAGCAAUGAGCAAUGUACUUUUUGAAGAUGCUUCUAUUAUUUAUAGCCUACUAGGGGGCUUUUUCUAUUUUUGUAACAUGGUCAACUAAUAGAGACUCGUACGUUACAACUUCCUAUUGCAAGAACUUCUUCAGUUUAUCACAAAAUAACUAAUAUUUUCACGAAAUUCGCCAACAUGCAGUUGAAAACUUGGAAAAACUUGGACGUAUUUCUGCUAUUUCUAUUUGUUAGGCUGCUCUCUGUAGUUCUAGUGGGAACUUUCUUCGUGCCCGACGAAUAUUACCAAUCACUGGAAGUUGCUCACAAUUUGGUUUUCAGAUACGGGCAUUUAACUUGGGAAUGGCAUAAAGGUAUCCGAAGCUAUGGUUAUCCACUUAUUUUCGCAUUCAUUUAUAAAAUUUUACAACUGUUGAGACUGGAUACUCCCUUAGCUGUGAUAUAUCUUCCUAGGAUAGCUCAAGCAAUUUUAAGCGCUUACUCAGACCUAUGUUUUUAUAAAUGGUCAGGCACGAAAAAAUGGGCUGUCUUCACCCUCUCUACCUCCUGGUUCUGGUUCUAUAUGGGUUCCAGAACACUUAUUAAUACAUUUGAAGCCAGCCUAACAACUAUUGCAUUGUCCAAGUUUCCUUGGAGUGGAACUAAAAAUGGAAAUUCAGAAAAAUUUAUCUGGAUUAUUGCAUUUUUGUUUGUUCUAAGACCUACCAGUGCAAUAGUUUGGCUACCUUUAUGUGUGUUUCAUCUUGCCACUUCACAAAAGACUGUUUUUAGAUUAGUAGUAUCUAGAUAUAUUCCUAUUGGUCUCAUUGCUCUAAUUGUAUCUACAACUCUGGAUAGUUUGGUGCACGGUUCUUUCAUAGUGACUCCAUAUAAUUUCCUUAAAACAAAUGUAUUCCAAAACAUUGCUUCUAACUAUGGAACACAUCCAUGGCAUUGGUAUCUUUCAAAUGGUAUUCCUACAGUUUUAGGUAUUCAGAUAUUGUGUUUUAUAAUGGCUACUUCAGUUGUUUUAAAAGCAAGAAAAAACCAUCCCAAUGAAUUAGCAAUGCUUGGUACUAUAACAUUUUCUGUUUUUGUUUUGAGUCUUUUGAGCCAUAAAGAGUAUAGAUUCUUGCUUCCUUUAUUGCCAAUGAUGUUUUAUGUUUCAUCAAGGUUUUUGUCAGCAUGGAGCAGAAAGGCCAGCAUGACCUCAAUAUGGUUGGUAUCAGGCGUAAUCCUAAUUUGCAACUUGUUUCCUGCUUGGUUUGUCGGCUACAAUCAUCAAAGAGGCACUCUAGAUGUCAUGCACGGACUAAGAGAUAUUGCCCAGCAUGAUACUGAAAAAAUAAGUUUUUUGUUUUUGAUGCCUUGCCACUCUACACCUUUGUAUAGUCAUCUACACUUGAAUGUUACAACCAAAUUUCUAACAUGCAAUCCCAAUUUAAACAACAUCGAAGGCUACGUGGACGAGGCAGAUCAAUUUUACAAAAACCCCAACAUUUGGCUGAGACAAAAUUAUCCUCCAAGAGAUCCUUUACCAUCGCACAUUAUUUGCUUCGACAAUUUGGUGGCCCUUAUUGGAAGUGAUAUUUUAACUAGGUACAAAAGAAUACAGCAAUAUUUCCACUGCAACAUACCUGUAAGUACCAAAAUUGGCACUCUGGUGCUGGUCUAUGAAAGAGUCGAUUUCGACAAUGAAGUGCCAAAUGAUACAAAAUGAUUAUUGUGUGCCCUGUGUGUUUUCAGUAUUUUAUUUGUGAAUUGUUUUACAAUUUUGUAGUUUUUAUCAUCAUUUUAUUCUUGUAGUGCCUUGUCUUUUUUCUCCAUUU